AAAACUCGUACCGCAAACAAAGCAUAGCAAAAAUCACACUGCGCCAUUUGCAGCACCCGCUAGAAGGGGUGAACAAGGAAAAAGUGUUGGCCGCACGUCCGUCCCAAGGAUUUUCCCCAAGGAGCAUACACCGUUAGGAAAGGACGCACGCAAACGCCUCGACCAACCAUGUACUUCAUCGAUCGGAUCAUCGAAAUCGUAACCGUACCGGUGUCCCCGAAGUACCUCCGCGUUUCGGCCAUCCUUAUCGCAAUCUACAAGGUGCUCGUGGCGCACGUGCUACUGUUUGUGAUGCUGCUCGGGUUGGCUCAUGCCGAGGAGAUGAGCACCAUCCUGCAGAUGAGCAUCGCCGACCAGAAGGACAGCGAGUACAUCUGGACCACGAGCGAGCAGGAGGAAUCGAUCAACGAGUGGCGCUUCAAGUCCGCCGAAAAACUAGCUUCCGUGACUCUGUGUAUGCUCUACAUCGGCACGACACUGGCCACCAUCUACGUGCUGAGCUGCCUCGGGCUGCUGAUCGGUACGCUGCGCAACCGCCACGAGUUCUUCAUCCCCUGGAUGGUGGUCGACUUCUUCGGGACGCUCGUGUCCGCCUCCAUCAUGCUGGCGGUGGCCUACAACAAGUCGACGUACUGUUUCGUCUCCAAGUGGCAAUACUGGGCAUUCUGUGCCGUAACGACCGCGUUCAACGUAAUCAUCUGGCUGGUCAUCCGGACGUUCUACAAGAACCUGGUGCACAUGACGAAGCUGCGCGAGGUGGCCAUCGUUGCGAUUCCGUGCCCGGCCAACACGCCGGGCGCUACCGUGCGCUGCAAGUCCUCCAACGGGCUGGCCGGACCGUCGCCACCGCCGCCCUACCACAACCGCAAGGAAAACAUGCACCUGAGCGAUGGCGGACUGAAGCACGUUCUCUUCGAUGCCAACGAGGCCAACUAUUUGGUUUAAGCAAAAACAAAAAACCCGAACAAACAAGCAAAGCUUAAACGAAACCAAAACUGAAACGAUAAUUACUGGUGCGCUGGAACACUUGUACGGUUCCCCAUUUUUUGCCCAACUUAUCCAAGCGAUGAGCGAAUAAGAGCUUUCAACAAACCAUGUUGUAACCGGAGGCGGAAAAGAAUUCCACAGGCAGGGCCUGCGCCAGCAACAGUCAGCUUCUAUUGGGCACGUAGUGACAGUUUGUUCCUCCGCCUGCAGCAAGGGACACUUCCCGAUCUCCUAACCCAUCUCCCAGAACCGUUCCCUAAUCGUAAUAUGCUUGUGUAGAUUUAAUCGUAUUUUUGCUAAAGAACAACAGAGUGGAAAUGAAAUUUGCAUGGUCUAGCGACCGGCGCUUUUUGUUCGCGGAAAAUAAGACCCCCUAGGUGGGGAGAAGGAGUGGGGAGGGAUUAAUAUUGUUGAUUGGAAAAUAAAUAGUAUAAACAUAA